AGGGGACCGAUCUCCCCGUCGACGUCGUCGGGGAAAACGAGCGGACGAAGCGAGUGAGCGCGCGCGCGGGCGAGACGUCGGGACCGUCGCGCGGAACCGAGAGAAGGCUCUCUCUUCUCGCCCGGUCCUUUCGGCGGAGGAAUUCUAGCUGGCGUGGCUCGGCGCGACGGCCGCCUCCACCUUCCUUCCUUCCCUCCACCCGAAGUCCAUUCAGAGCCCUCCCUGGAUGGGACGGUCCGCACACACCAUCGGUCUACUUGGUGCCGGGUUCCGCGCGAUAUUUUGUGACUGCCUGUCCGUGCGGUGCUCGUGCUUUAGCCUGUGCUUCUCGGCUCCCUAGACCCGUCGCGGAAUAGGGAGGUCGACAUGACCCGGUUGGGAUUGCGAUUCGUCGCAUCCGCAGUUUGGCUGGCCGGGAUUGUUAGUGCGCAAUUUAAUCACACAUCAUGGCAGAGCAAUCCACUGCCGGUCGUGCCGCUAGGAGGACGAGGUGAUAUUCCGGGAAGGCACGACAAUGUUAGCGAUGAUGAUUACAGCGGUUCGUUGGAAUGGAAAUAUCCCGAUAGAGGGUUCAUCACGAAUAACGAAGGAUACGAGGAUGCGGAAAGGCGGAACGGUAGUUCCACUGAUUAUCAUAGUCCAGACGAGAGGACUCGGCAAUGGAACUACUACAGAAAUCGAAGCGACCCAUAUGGUCAAGGUUACUCGGGCCGGUAUCCUUACGAUCGAACGGGAUCGCAGGACGAGAGGUAUCCUGACAGCGGCGGCGGCGGCGGCGGCGGCGGCGGCGGCGCGUCAGGUUUCGGGAUCGACGAGAACCGACCGGGCGGUUAUCCCGAUAGUCGCGGCGACGGAUAUUACGACACAUACAGCGGUGCCGGCGACAGCGAACGAGGAGGAGGAGGAGGAGGAGGAGGAGGAGGCUCUUACCAUCGUGGCCGCGGACAAGGUUCCGGUGAUGCUCACGGCGGCAGAGAUCCUUACUCGAACUACGAUACCGAAGGCGAUCGCGGCACAAAUGCUGCGGAUCCUUACGGCCGAGGAUCACCAGACUCCUAUGGCAGUCACAGAACCGGCGAAUCCUACGGUCGUGGAGGCGGGAGCGCUUACGGACGCGGAGGUGGUGAUGCUUACGGUCGCGGAGGUGGCGGCGAUGCUUACGGCGGUGCUCGCGGUGGUGGCUAUAGUGGCGGUUAUGGCGGUUAUGGCGCCGCCGGAGAUAACGAAAAUUACCCGAGCAAUUACCAGGCGGUACCGAUGCCGGGAGCAGCACGAAACUGCACGGGAUCUGGAUGCUGCGUGCCCAAGUGCUUCGCCGAGAAAGGAUCGCGGGGACCACCUGGAAUAUUAGGACCGCAGGGUCCCAAGGGACAGCAAGGAUUUCCAGGAACAGAAGGUCUUCUAGGACCCAAAGGACAGAAAGGAGAUCCCGGUCCACAGGGUCUACCCGGUAUCAAGGGUGACAGAGGCAAAAUGGGUAUGCCCGGUUUCCCCGGUAUAAACGGUGUACCGGGAGUACAAGGACCUCCGGGGUCAACUGGUUUGCCCGGUCGUGAUGGUUGCAAUGGAACGGAUGGCGCUCCCGGACGCAAAGGUAUUCAUGGAGAAUCAGGACCUCGCGGUCUUCCAGGCACACCUGGUCCUAAAGGAGAAAAGGGUCAACCAGCGUAUGCCGGAUCAUUCCCGGUGGGGCAGAAAGGUGAACCUGGCAUGGACGGGGUGAGAGGUCCCCCAGGUCCGCCUGGUUUACAGGGAGAUCGAGGUUCGUCUGGUAUAAAAGGUGAACGAGGUCCUUACGGUGCUUCUGGCAUACCAGGACCAAAAGGAGAAAAGGGAAACAUGGGUCUGGGAUUCGAAGGAUUGAAGGGAGACAAAGGUCAGAAGGGAGAACCAGGACCUCCAGGCACAACCGCGCCUAUCAUGCCGUUCCAGGGUGUUAGAGAAGUUACAGGUCCGCAAGGAGAAUCAGGACACAAAGGAGACAAAGGUGAAAUGGGACCGGAAGGGCAAAAAGGAGAGCCAGGUUUUAUAGGUGAUCAUGGAAUACCCGGAGGAUCCGGUCAGAAAGGAGAGAAAGGUCUCCCGGGAGCACCGGGUAUUCGUGGCAGAGAUGGUUUCUCUGGGCCACCCGGACCACCUGGACGAAAGGGUGAUCGAGGUAUCGAUGGGUUGGAGGGACUCUCCGGGCGUCCAGGUAAAAAAGGAGAACCCGGUCGAGACGGACCGAUGGGAGUCGCAGGAUUACGAGGACCUCCUGGACCACCAGGAGGAGGCAAAGGAAGACCAGGUCCGCCAGGACCGAAAGGACCGCGAGGUUUUCCAGGAGCUACCGGACCGCGAGGAGCAGACGGUUACUCAGGAGAUCCAGGACCAAGAGGUCCUAUAGGAAUACAAGGAGGUCCCGGAUUACCUGGAAUUCCAGGUCCGGAAGGUUUACCGGGCGAAAAAGGCGUAAAAGGUGAGCCUGGCUUAACUGGAUUCCCAGGAGGCGCAGGACCACGUGGCUUUGACGGACCUCCUGGACCAGCGGGACCACGAGGACCACUAGGAGAAAAAGGAUUGUCAAGGAUGGGACCAAAAGGAUUGGACGGACUGCCCGGUUUGGACGGAGAGAAGGGUCAAAAGGGAGAGCGGGGUUACCCGGGUGUCCGAGGCAGACCAGGGGACUCUCUAGACGGUAUUCCAGGAGCACCGGGCUUGCCGGGUGAGCCUGGAGAACCAGGAACGGCAGGAAGAGACGGCACACCAGGACUUCCGGGAAUGGUCGGAGAGAAAGGAGAUAUUGGUGGUCGCUGUCAGGAUUGUUUACCUGGAUUACGAGGUGCUAAAGGAGAUCACGGUGCGGACGGUAUUCCAGGACUUACGGGACCUCGAGGACCACCUGGAGAACGCGGUUUCCCCGGAGAAGCUGGAAUGGAUGGGCUACCAGGAGCAAUCGGACCCCCAGGACCUCCAGGAAAAGAUGGUAUACCGGGUGCUCCAGGACCUCAAGGAGAACCUGGAACCCCAGCAACAGUCACAUGGAACAUGCUUAAAUUAGAGAAAGGUGAUAAAGGUGCGCGUGGCGAGUUUGGUCGCCAAGGACCGCCAGGUCCAGAAGGAGCUCCGGGGGAGAAAGGUAGACCCGGAUUCGAAGGUUUUCCAGGACUUAAAGGAACUCCGGGAGACCGCGGCUUUCCUGGACAAGAUGGUGUUGCAGGAAAACCAGGUAUUCCUGGACGUAAAGGAGAAAAAGGGUUAAGUGUGAAAGGUGAACCCGGAGAGGCAGGUCGACCAGGUUCUUCAGGACAGAAAGGAGAGCCUGGACUGUACGGACAAAAGGGUGAACCUGGUCAAUGUCCGUCACUUUACUUGCUGAAGGGUUUCAAAGGCGAUCGAGGUUUAACUGGCGACAAAGGAGAACCUGGACCUCCUGGUCUAGACGGAAUACCCGGAGAUAAAGGAUUGCAAGGUUUCGCGGGUCCACCUGGCCCGCUUGGUCAAACUGGUGCCCCUGGUCCUGUUGGUCCACGAGGUUUACCAGGUCCACGCGGUGACAAAGGCAACAUGGGCCCUAUGGGCUUCCCGGGAGAACCUGGUCGAGAAGGACCUAGAGGAUUCCCAGGUGCACCAGCACCGAAGGGUGAUAAAGGAGAGGCUGGUAUAUCAGUCAAGGGUAGCCCCGGUCUACCAGGUCCUCCGGGUGAAAAGGGAGAAAGAGGUCUUCCCGGACCACCGGGUAAAGAAGGUCCAGAUGGUUAUCCGGGAUUGGCAGGUUUAUCCGGAGAGAAAGGAGACAUUGGUGCGCCGGGAAUAAACGGUUUGCCUGGAGCACCUGGUGAGCGAGGAGACACCGGUCUGGUCGGUCCUCCUGGUCCCCCAGGUGUUGCCGGUAUUCCAGGAGCCGACGGCAGCAAAGGUGAGCCAGGAUUACCGGGAGAAUCUGGUAGAGCGGGUCUUCCAGGAUUCCCAGGCACGAAGGGUGAUCGUGGUGAACCGGGUAUCGACGGACCGAAAGGAUACCCUGGUAGACGAGGUUUACCCGGCUCCCCAGGUAUACCUGGUGCGGAGGGUGCACCAGGUAUUAAGGGAGAACGGGGUGAUAAAGGUUCACCAGGUUUCCCUGGAUUGCCUGGUAUGGAAGGAAAGCCUGGUCGUCCAGGUAUAGCUGGACUGAAAGGAGACAUUGGACUACCUGGAGUGCCUGGCUUACCAGGACUUGUCGGUCACGAUGGACCUAAAGGUGACAUCGGUCAACCUGGUUUGCCGGGAAGGAAAGGAGAACCAGGUCAAGUUUCAGAGAAAGGACAGAAAGGUGAGCCUGGAAUGCCCGGAAUACGAGGUCCCCAGGGUCCUCCUGGUCGAGAUGGAAUCGAUGGUGCAAAGGGUGAACCUGGCGAACCAGGUAUCGGUCGUGACGGAAGACCCGGAUUGAAGGGUGAACGAGGCAUUCCAGGUCUGGAUGGAACGCCAGGAUUCCAAGGUCAAAAGGGUGACACUGGUGUACAAGGAUUUCCUGGAAUGAAAGGCGACUUGGGUGCACCAGGUGUGCCUGGAGAAUUAGGACCGCCCGGCAUAGAUGGAAUACCUGGCGAAGAUGGCGAUCUCGGACCAUCAGGACCGCCAGGUUUCCCCGGACUUGAUGGUGAAAUGGGACCCGCUGGUCGACCUGGACUCGAUGGUGUCAAAGGAGACCGCGGUAUACCAGGAAUCGUUGGAUUGCCCGGUAUUUCGGGAGCACUCGGAGAAAAGGGUGACCGCGGCCCUCCGGGACCAACAAUACAGAUCAAGGGUGAAAAGGGUGAACCAGGUAUCCCUGGAUCCCCUGGCCUUUCUGGAGAAAAAGGAGAUCGAGGCGUGGAAGGUAUCGCUGGAUAUGAUGGCGAAAAGGGUGACAGAGGUCUACCUGGAUCUGAGGGACAACCAGGACCUCAUGGUGCGCCUGGUCCUAAAGGUGAAUACGGACCUGUCGGUGUUCCUGGUUUCCCUGGACUUGCGAUAAAGGGCGAGAAAGGUCUACCAGGUUUGUUGGGUAAACAUGGUAGAGACGGUUUGCCAGGACGACCCGGAGAUAAGGGUGAACGUGGAUUACCCGGAUUGCCUGGACCGAAAGGAGAUAUCGGUCCUUAUGGGCCGGUUGGACCGCAAGGUGAAAAGGGCGAAUCAGGACAACAAGGCUUAACUGGAGCACCAGGACGUGAUGGGGCGUCAGGUUUGGAUGGUGCACCAGGAUUACCUGGUGAAAGAGGUCAGAAGGGUGAUCAAGGAUCGCCUGGAUUGUUCGGUGCUCCAGGACAAAAAGGAGAACCCGGUCUUUCAGGACCAAGUGGACUGGAUGGACUCCCAGGGGAGAAGGGCGAGAGAGGUUGGGAUGGUUUGAAUGGUCCACCUGGAUCACUUGGUGAGAAGGGUGAUAGAGGAUAUACCGGUGUUGCCGGUCUGAUUGGUGCUAUCGGCUAUGUGGGUCAAAAGGGUGAAAAGGGUGAUGACUGUAUCGAGCCACCAAUGGGACCUAAAGGCGAUCGUGGAUAUCCAGGACCGAACGGACCGUCUGGCCCGCCGGGAGAAAAAGGACUCCCAGGUCCACCGGGCUUCCCCGGCUUGGACGGGAUCAAAGGUGCUCAAGGUAUUACUGGCCCACUUGGACCACCUGGUUUGCCAGGUUUGCCCGGACCGGUUGGCGCGCCCGGUUUAUCGGGUCUUCAAGGUCCAGUCGGUGUGCCUGGACUUAUCGGCGAGCCUGGUGCACCAUGCGAAGCGACACCUGAUUAUCUUACCGGUAUCCUUCUGGUCAAACACAGUCAAAGCCAAGACGUGCCGGGCUGCGAGCCAGGACAUAUCAAGCUCUGGGAGGGAUACAGUAUGCUGUAUACCGAUGGCGACGAGAGAGCGCACUCCCAAGACUUGGGUUAUGCUGGCUCAUGCGUACGAAAGUUCGCGACGAUACCCUUCCUGUUCUGCGACGUCAACAACGUCUGCCAUUACGCUAGUCGCAAUGAUCGCUCCUACUGGCUGUCGACCAAUAGUCCAAUUCCCAUGAUGCCCCUCGAGGAGUCGGCGAUAGAAGAAUACAUCUCCAGGUGCGUGGUGUGCGAGGUUCCAGCUAACGUGAUAGCGGUACACAGUCAAACGAUAAGCAUUCCAGAAUGUCCGGCGGGAUGGACCGGCCUUUGGAUCGGUUAUAGUUUUCUCAUGCACACCGGCGCAGGUUCCCAGGGCGGCGGCCAGUCCCUGUCGAGUCCUGGCUCCUGUCUGGAGGACUUCCGCGCCACACCGUUCAUCGAGUGCAACGGCGCCAAAGGACACUGCCAUUACUAUACUAAUCAGUACAGCUUUUGGAUGGUAACUAUAGAAGACGGUCAACAAUUCAGGAGCCCCGAGAAACAGACCCUAAAGGCGGGCAAUCUUAGGUCCAGAAUAAGUCGCUGCCAAGUUUGUAUAAAGAAUACGUAAAACUACGCGCGCCACACACACACACACACACACACACACACACACACACACACACACACACACACACACACACACACACACAUACACACGCAGAGACACACGAUACACACCUACCCACUCAGCCAGACACACAACAUACGCACGCACGCACGCACAGGUAUACGUAUACGCGUAUAAACGACACACAUUUCUUCCCUUUUCCGUUUUUUUACACGGGAACAGAAGCGAAACUCUCAUUACGAGUAUAAUGAGCAGGGUAUCGGAGCCGGAGACGGUGAUUCCGUCGAGUUCUCGAAUUCCGAAUCUCUCUCGACGCGCGAAAAUGAUCUCCAUGUUUACACGAGACGACGGGAAACGUGACGAUUCGCUCGAGAGAUACAUUUUACCACAGCACGGAAAAUAGAGCCCGUCGAAAUUACGACCGGUUUCGCCCCCUGAUAACAAGGAAGAAGAGAGCGGUAACGUCUCGCGAUGGAACGACGGAACGGAAGUUCAGAGGACUCGCUCGAUCGACGUGUCGACGACGUCGAAAUAAAGAGAGAGACGCGUCCUUCCUUCCCUCGUGAUCCUUCCACUUUUUCCUCUCUCUCUCUCUCUCUCUCUCUCUCUCUCUCUCUCCCCCUCUAUAUACCUGGUGUGUUUCGUAACCACGUCUUAUCUUCGUUAUUCCUGCCCGACUCUCCUUCUUGCUCCUCACUGUCUCAACGUCUCCGUCCUCGGUAACUUCUUUUUCCCGAGAGCCAUCCUCCUCGCUCGUUAGCCGCCCUUUCAUCUUCUCCGCGAACGCUGCCUCUUUCGCCAUAUGUGUUUCUUUUUAUUUUUAUUUCUCUCUCUCUCCUUUUUUUUUUUUACAUGUAUAACUAUUCAAGCAAAUGCCUCUAGCGCGUACUCUCUUUUAGCAUGUAAAAUAAUAUAUAUUUAUAUCUCUCGUAUUUGAAGUCUAAGUUUAUCGUACUCUACCACGGACACUGCCCAUAUCCAAUAUGGCACAUUUUACGUAUUGUAUAUUAAUAUAAAUGAUCUUAGCCUGGUAAUCGUGUGACGCCAAAUAUUUAAAUGAAUAGGUAUUUUGCUACGUAGCUAAUAAAAUUCUAUUUUCAAACUUCACUGGCUCAUUCGUACUCGUCUACAUCUCCGAUCCUGAAAUAGUGAGUAAGCGAGCGCAUAAUAG